AUGCCUCUCGCAAGUAAGCACAAUCUGAAUCUCGAUGCUGCCGACCCAUCCGACGCCGAAGCUAUUGGGAAUCUUUUUUUUGCUGGCUUUCACGAUCAUCCCUACUUCCGCAAAAUGAUGCCAGAUACAUCUCAGGCUCGCAAAUGCUGGACAGAUCAUAUAAUAUACUGUCUUCAAGAUCCUUACACUAUUGUGCUUAAAGUGACUGACUCUGACGUCAACAAGAUCGUCAGCAUGGGACUCUGGCUAAAGCCCAAGAAGGAAGAGGAUCGGCAUCAACCAGGGUAUGAGGAAGGGCGAAUUAAGUAUACAAACGAUUUUAUGGCCUGCUGUGACGAAGAAACUGCCACCGCUCUAUUUGGAGCAUUCGAAAAGAACAGGGAAGAUUUCAUGAAUGAUCGCCCCCACUAUUCCGAGGCUUACAAAGGACAAGGGGCCGGAAGUCUCAUCUUGCAACACGGCUGUGAACUAGCCGACAAGGAUAAACUAGAAUGUUAUAUUGAUUCGAGCCCUCGAGGUAAACGGGUUUAUGAGAAGUUUGGUUUUGUGUUCACCAAGUAUGUACCACUACCUAUGCACUAUAAGUAUCACUUUGGAGUGAGAAGACCGCAGACGGAUGCAGAUGAAAGUUCUUCCCAGGCUUAA